AUGUCAACCCAAACUACCACCACCACUAUCACCGUUCCGUCUGGGGGACGGGAUGCUGGAUCCCAGCUGAAAUUUGAAACGUCGAUUGAUUACAGCCAAGAUGCCUACAAAUAUUCGCACUAUCUACCACACUAUAAUCCUGGAUUGCAGCCUCCGCUGGAAGAGUUUGAGCAUGUCGAUGUCGGUCUUCGCGCCGACCCUGCCAAGACUGCGCUUUUGACGGCCCCCGGCUCAUCUUUUGAUGAAAUCACGCCUGCCAUUGGGACCGAGGUCCACGGGCUGCAGUUGAGUGCCCUCGACUCGAAACAGCGAGACGAACUCGCCCUCCUGGUUGCUGAGAGAGGUGUUGUUGUCUUCCGCGGCCAAGACUUUGCCGACAUUGGCUUCAACAAGCAGGUUGAGUUCGGCGCUCAUUUCGGAAAGCUUCAUGUUCACCAACACGGAGGUCAUGUUAAGAACCACCCCGAGCUUUUACCCGUUUAUAGGGACUUCAAGGCUGGCGCCGUAGACAACGAAAUCAAGAACAAUGUCAGCAGCAUCAAGUGGCAUACUGACAUGUCCUAUGAGAUUAAUGGUAUGGGAACGACCACCUUUUUGGCUCUCGACACACCCAAAGCCGGUGGCGACACCUUGUACCUUUCCACCGUCGCCGCCUACAAUGCGCUGUCGCCUUUGUACCGAGAGAAGCUCCAUGGCCUAGAAGCCACGCACUCGGGCUUCGAUCAGGCGAGAGUGGCUGAUCACAAGGAACGGUAUAUUCGCGAGCCAAUUGAGACAAUCCAUCCCAUUGUCCGCACCCAUCCCGUGACGAAGUCAAAAUCUUUGUAUGUCAACAGACUGUACACCAGGAGAAUCCAGGGUCUUAAGGAGGAAGAAAGUGCUAAUAUCCUCAACUUUCUCUACAACCACAUCGAGCACGGGCAGGAUUGGCAUAUUCGCGUGCAUUGGACGCCUGGAACUGUCGUUGUCUAUGACAACCGAGUUACUCAACACUCCGCACUUCGAGACUUUCAAGUCAGAGAAGGCCAAACACGUCGACAUAUGUUGAGAAUCACACCCCAGGCGGAACGUCCUUUCUUUGAUCCAAAGGCCUAA